AAAAUAAUAAUGCGAAGCGCCUGUUCUGAGUUUGAAGUCCCCCCUUUUUCUUCUGGCCACGGCACUAUAGUCUGAUGCUCCGGUGAUUAUUCUCCCGCAGAAAAUCUCCUCCAAAAACGACGCCGUUCCUCUCCUCACGCCGGAAGGAGACUCCUCGCUGCUUCUCAUCUCUCCAGCCUGGCAAAGUCGAUUGGAAUUCGAAACCAGUUACUCUCUGGUUUGUGAGUGACAAGGAAAGAAAGAAAGAUGUUGAAGCAGGUGUGGAACAAAGGGGUUUAUGGCUAUGGAGGAAGCAGAAUUAGGCCUUGCUUCUAUGUGCCCACUAGUGCUUUCCACAAUGCACAGGUUCAUCGUGCACCGAGAAGUUUUUUUGGGGUAGAGGAUUUUGUUGACGAUAACAAUAGUCGGCCAUACACUUAUCAGAAGGAAAAGAAGUCCAAAAAUCCACAGAAGCAUGUAUCAUUCAAGCAGCGGACCAUAGCCUACUUAGAGCCAUUUACACUUGAUGUGUUCAUCUCAAAACGGUUUGUGUCAGCCUCAAUCACCCACAGGGUAACAUGCAAGCAGGUUGCAGUUGCCGGUACCAACUCCAAAGACAUAAAAGCUGCACUCAAGUCUCGAUGUGAUAUACCUGCCUGUAUAGCCAUCGGCCAAAUUCUAGCCGAUAGGGCCAGAGAAGCGGAUGUCUAUACCGCUUCAUAUACUCCAAGGGACAGAGACAAGUUUGAAGGGAAGAUUAGAGCAGUUGUUCAAUCCCUCAUUGAUAGUGGAAUUGAUGUUAAAAUUUAUCUCGACUGAGUUAGUUUUCUUCUUUGCUUUGGAUUAGGUUUCUUUGGACCCUUUGGGUGGUUUUGUAUGCAACUCUUUUGUGAGCUUAAAAGGCAUCACUGCCAAUAUUUCCAAUCAACUAAAGAUACGUGACUGCUUUUUCUGCUGUCUUUUUGCCA